AUGGUCGGCACCAUUGCUGCUAUGCCAAAUCCGCCCGUCGAGGCGUACCUGGGAUUGCGCGGAAGACCACUGGUAUAUGCAAUCACCUUCGCAUGCUCUCUCGGUUUCCUCCUCUUUGGCUACGAUAAUGGAGUCUUCUCGGGUCUUACCACAGACCCAACGUUUCUCGCUCAGUUGUCUAACCCCAACUCCACACUGCUCGGGUUUAUAGUCGCCGUGUAUGAGCUGGGAUGUCUCCUGGGCGCCCUGGUUUGUGCGUGCUGGGGCGAGAAGUUUGGCAGGAAGACCAUUUGCUCUGCAGGAUCGACCGUGUUGAUUCUGGGUACCAUAGUGCAAGCCACCAGCUAUGGUCGCGUUCAGAUGAUUGUUGGCAGGGUGGUCACGGGCGUCGGCAUGGGCUUCAUCACAAGUGCAGUCCCGAUCUACCAGGCCGAGACAACAGUUGCCCAUUCGCGUGGCCGUAUGAUCGCGGUACAACUGUCAACGUUGAUCGUAGGCAUUGUGAUAGCGUACUGGAUUGACUACGGGAUGUCGCUAAGACCGAGUUCCAUUCAAUGGAGGUUUCCCAUCGCCUUUCAAAUAGUAUUUGCGCUGGGAUUGAUUGCAAUGUGCAACGUUCUUCCUGAGUCGCCGCGAUGGCUUUCCGCUCAUGGACGCUCAGAGGAAGCCCUACAAGUCCUCAGCUCUCUGCGCAACGCUCUUCCCACCUCCCAGCUCGUUUCUGCCGAGUUCCAGGACAUACAGAACGCCGUCGCUCUGGAAGCGGCGGCGACGGGAUCUUGGAAAGAUGUCUUCUCCCACGGAGGCAUUAUGUGCUGGCAGCGAACCAUGAUUGCGUGCACUGUCCAGUCCAUCCAGCAACUGACCGGCACCAACAUGAUUGUGUACUACGCUCCAUAUUUCUUCUUCCUCGUCAUGUCCUUCCUUCCGUGGGUAUUACUUGACAAGGUUGGGCGGAGACGACUCUUCAUCUUCGGAGGCUUCGGGUUGGGAAGUUGUAUGCUCAUCUCAGCUAUUUUGAUCAAAUUGGGUGGGCGGAACAAUGGCAUAGGCGCGGUCGUGAUGCUUUACAUAUACCAGGGAUUCUUCACCGUCUCGUGGAUGUCCAAUAUGUGGUGCUAUCCUAGCGAGAUCCUGCCCGUUCGAACCAGGCAGCGUGGUGGGGCGCUGUCGGUCGUGUUCCAAUGGAUUACCACGUUUCUGGUGGUCGAGAUUACUCCUCCUGCGAUAUCCAAUAUAGGCUGGAGGACGUACAUCAUUUUUGCGGUCUUCAACUUCGCCAACAUCUUCAUCUCUUGGUAUUGGUUCCCCGAAACAGCCGGCCGGACACUUGAGAGCAUUGAUUAUCUCUUCGCUGACUCGAAUAGCGUAAGAGAGGUCGUUUUGAAGUCUAUUCGUCUACGAGACGAAGGGCGCGAUGCGGCCCGUCAGAGUGAAGAAGAGUCGGAGCCAGGGAAAACAGCAGAUGUUGUCGAGAAAGUCUUGGACGCAUGA